AUGGCGUCUUCAGGGUGCUGGAAGUGUCUCGCGCGGCCGUCCGGGUCCCUGACAUCCCAAUUGGCCCUCCGAACACCCGGCGUCUCAGCCGCGUUCUCGACGACGACCGCGCGGGCGGCCCUACCGAUCAAGGCGAAGAAGCCCUCGCAGGCCCGGCCGGCGUUGAAGGCCAAGGGGUCGAAGACGCUGCGGAUCAAGAAGAAGGCGCCGGCGAAGCCGUCGGGGAAGCCGCCCAUGCCCGGGGAGCGGAAGGCGAUGCGGAAGCGGAUCGUGCUGAGCAACACGAAUGCGCUGGAGGUGCCGAUGAUGGAUUUCAAUGAGCAUAUGGUGGCGGAUCCGACGAUGGCGGGGAAGGUCGUGGCGUUGCCCGGGGAGGUGGUGGAUAGUUUGAGGGCCGUCGAGGCGUUCAAGGUUAAUCAGGGAUGGGGCCUCUUCAGGAAACCGGCGCUGUUGCUGAGGGAGGAGAGCGCGGUGUUGGGGCAGAAGAUGGUGGCUGCGGAGAAGAACAAGGAGGCUGUGCGGUUGGUUAUCGAUGGGGAGAGGGGAUCGGGCAAGAGUUUGAUGCUAUUGCAUGCUCUUUCGGCGGCCUUUCUCAGGGGCUGGAUCGUGCUCAGUAUCCCAGAAGCCCAAGAUCUCUGCAAUGCCUCAACCGAAUACGCACCCCUCCCUGGCACGAACCCCACCAUCUACACGCAAAACGUCUACACCGCCAACUUCCUCGCCCAGAUCCAAAAAUCCAACAGCGUCCUCCAAACCCUCCACGUAACCAAAUCCCACAACCUCCCGAUCCCGCUCCCGGAAAAGACGACGCUCGCGCGGCUCUGCGAGCUCGGCGCCCGCGACCCGGACAUCUCGUGGCCCAUCUUCCAAGCCUUCUGGGCCGAGAUCACGGGGCCCGCGCGCCCACCCGUCCUCUUCACGCUCGACUCCCUCAGCUUCACCAUGGGGCUCUCGGCCUACCGAUCCGCAUCCUACGAGCUGAUCCACGCGCACGACCUCGCGCUCGUGCAGCACUUCGUCACGUAUCUGUCAGGUGAGAAGCCGCUGCCCAACGGCGGCGCUAUCCUCGGCGCCACGUCACGCAGCCACGCGCCCGUAUCCGCGAGUCUGGAACUAGCUCUCAAACAAGCACUAGAGAAACAGCAACACGGCGAGAUCAUGACGAAAAAAGACCCAUACGGUAAAAAAUACGACACCAGAGCAGAAGACAAGUUGAAGAGUGUAGAAGUUCUGAAAUUAAAGGGACUGAGUAAAGUAGAAGCUAGGGGACUGAUGGAGUAUUGGGCCCAGAGCGGUUUGUUGAGAAGUCGUGUGGAUGAGAGACUUGUUACGGAGAAGUGGGCACUAGCGGGUAAUGGGAUUGUUGGGGAGAUUGAGAGGGGGGUGUUGAGGAUGAGGAUUUAG